AUGGCUUCCUCCAGCUUCCUCCUCUGGCUCCGCCGCUUCCCCCUCGCCGUCCUCCUCCUCCUCUUCUCUGCGGCUGUCCUCAUCGCUGCCUACUCCCUUUAUACGUUAGCGAAUGGCAGCAGCGGGGAUCCGGGGGCCCUGCCGCCCGCGCCGCCGCUGUUUAGGUAUUGCACCACCAAGGAGCAUCUCGAUAUCCCGUUCCCGGAUUGGUCCUUUUGGGGGUGGCCUGAGAUAAACAUAAAAUCUUGGGAAGAAGAGUUCAAAAGUAUCAAGCUUGGUUCUCAAUCCAUGACAUGGAAGCAGAAGGAGGCCACAGCUUAUUGGAAAGGAAAUCCCUAUACUGCUCCGAUACGAGGAACUUUGUUAACUUGUAACGACACGAAGAUGUGGGGCGCCCAAAUUAUGCGCCAGGACUGGGGUGAAGAAGCACGAGCAGGUUUUAAGAAAUCAGAACUCGGGAACCAAUGUGAUCAUCGCUACAAGAUCUACGCUGAAGGUUUUGCUUGGUCAGUGAGCUAUAUUCUUGCUUGUGGGUCUCUUUCCCUGAUUAUAGAUUCACAAAUCAGGAAACUUCUUCGUGGUCUUGUUCCCAAAGAGAACUACUGGCCUAUAAGUGCCGACAACCUAUGUCAAAAUAUUAAAGAUACAGUUGAUUGGGGUAACCAACAUCCAUCCGAGGUAAUAUCUUCAGUCAAAGCUUGCACCAUAAGUAUCUCCUUUAGAUUUUGUUUCGUUAAACAUCGUCGAUCCAAACUGGACAUGGAUCGAGUUUAUGAUUAUAUGUAUCACCUUAUUGUGGAGUACUCCAAAUUGCAGGACUUCAAGCCAGCCCCUCCACCAAAUGCUCAAGAGGUUUGUAUGGAAUCGGUUCUUUGUUUAGCGGAUGAUAAGCAGAAGCAAUUCCUAGAGAGGUCGUACGCCUCUCCUGCAACUUAUGUGCCUUGUGCUCUUUCUCUGCCUUAAAAGAUACAUCUUCGCAAGAUUUUUGGCAGAAUACAGGAGAAAAUAUCCAUCGACGUGAGAGAUCGAGACCAGUGGAGAUAGCUGCACUGCGUUUCUUGAGUAAUUGCAUGAUGACCAAAUUAUGGCUCUUUUUGGAUACUAUGUAGAACUGUAUAAAGAAGAUGCCUCCUGCAAUUAAUAGAUGAUUCUUUGAAACAAAGUCAAAAGCAUAGUGUAGCUACAUAACGUUUUUUUUUCUUUUUUUAAUUUUUUGUCGCACCUAAUCAAAGACCAUAGAACAACACAAAGCUCA